AUGAGCGAGCCAGAGCUUGAAAAUGACAACAACGAAGUCCGGGAUCGUUCCCGAUCUCGUUCCCGUAGUCCGCAUGCACGUCGUUUGUGGGUUCAAGACUUAUUCCUGAACCGAAACGAAACCGGCAACCGGCUACUGACCGACAUCACGACAUCGGGUAUAUACGAGACGAUGAACCGAUUUUUAAGGAUGAAGAAGGAAGAUUUCUUCCAUUUACUGUCCCUUGUUGGUCCAAAAAUUGCGAAAAUGGACACAGAUUUCCGCAAAGCAAUCACGGAACAGGAAAGGCUGCUGAUAACAUUGCGUUAUCUUGCGACUGGAGAGACAUUUACCAGCCUCCAAUACGUGUUCCGGGUGUCGAGGCAUUCUAUCAGCAGAAUAGUUAAAGAGACGUGCGCAUGUCUUAUCGAGGCUUUGCGGGAUUAUGUCAAGAAUGUGACUUAUAAAAAGGACAUAAAUUAUAAGCGGCAUGAACCUCAGUACAUCAGUCGAAUAAUAAACGUCGUAAAGACGCAGAAGAACCUGGUUGUGAUUGAUUUCACCCCCGAAAUCCAGGAACGUUAA